UGGUUCAAUGAAGAGCGAUAGCGAGGAGGAGAAGGAGGGAAAGGAAGAGGAGGUUGCUGUAGUAUUACCUGAUUUGACUGCUCAUCAGGUGACAGGGUACUGUGUCUGUGUUUGAUACUUAAACUUCAUCCUAAUGCGUCUGCAUGUUUUGGCCAUUUUAUCACAAAUAUCACAAGCUUCACAUACUACCAACUGAAAUUUUUUGGCUGUGAUCUUUACCCUGGCCAGUUUAACCCUGCACCUGACCUGGUGUUGGGCUUGUUAAAAAGUGACAAACUUUUCAAAAAAUUCCAAGGCACAAGUUUGAUUUCUUACCAUCUAGGCUCCCCUUGGUUUCAGUCUAUUUUAGUAUAGUCUGCACAUCAGUUUUCAGAGACUUAAAAUGCUGCUUGAGAUUUCUAAUAAGCAGGGUUCCUUUCAUCUGUCUUUCUGAAAAGCUGAACAUAAUACUGGGGACUUGAUUAUCUACUGCUUUUACUGAACAGUAAAAUUUGACCAUCCAACGUUACACCCAAGAUAAAUCAACUGAACACAUUUUCCAUGAUCCACUAUAGUUGCAUAGCUGCGAGGUUCCAGGUGAAUCGCUCCGAGUCUCCAGAGACCCUCUACACUAUGACCACGCAGCAACACCCACCGGGAGCUGUUAUCAUUGACACCAGGUCUUCUGAGCUGGAGGGUUUUUCAGAAGGUGAUGAGGACGAUAUGGAUGAAGCUAUGGCAGUUAAUUCCCCGGAACCACCUGAACCUGUAGAACCAGAUGUCACAAUUCGGACCGAGGAGAACAUCCAGCUAGGCACACUGCACCCAGAGCAAGACCUGCCCCAUAUAUUUAAGAGUAUCCAGAGUAGUCUGACAGGCCUCACCAGGGAAGAGCUGUUCAAAUUUAAGAUAUGUUUUUCACAAUGGGAAACAGGCAUAACCUAUCAACAAGUGAUGGAUGGAGACAUUCUUGAUUUUGUGGACAGGAUCCUGGAGAUCCUUGGCCAGGAUCGUUCCCUGAUCCACACAAUAAAUACUCUAGAAAGUGUCAACAAGAAACCAGUGGCUGAUGAACUACGGAAUCAGUGCAAGAGAGCAUUGGUCCGUUUUCAUCUGAAGCAAUAUUUGAUCAGAAAACACCAAGUCAUCCGUGAAGGGGUUGUUCGAGCCGGAAAGCAGAAUCUUCUAGAGGCUGUCUACGUCAUGCCCCAGAUUUCCACCUGUGGUUAUGGAGGAGUCGACCCCUCUCACGAGUUCCGGUCACGCCAUCUGUCACCUCUCCAGGUCCCCAGUGCUGACACCUUCGUUGAUGUGAACAAUUUGUUCCGACUAAAGAGGGAUGACGGCAAGCCAGUGAGGACGGUACUGACCACUGGGAUUCCAGGAAUUGGCAUGUCUGUCUCUGUAGGUAAAUUCUCCCUGGACUGGGCAGAAAUGCGCAAAAAUAAGGAUCUGCAGUUUGUCAUCAAACUUUCCUUCCGCGCUCUCUGGCUACUGCGAAACAAAAGCUGUCCUCCUUCUCAGCAGAUGUCCAUCAUGGACGUGAUAAAAUAUUAUUAUCCUGAGUGCAAGGACAUGAAAUACCUGGAGGAAGAGGACUGUAAAUAUCUCAUCAUAAUGGACUCCUUCGAUUGUUACCAAGCUCCUCUGGACUGGGAGAAUUCUCCAGUAAUAAAUGACAAUUACACCCAAGCGCAUCUCGACACCCUGAUUGUAAAUAUCAUCCGAGGCACUGUGCUUCGUGGUGCCUACAUCUGGAUCCUGGGGAGACGGGCGGCUGUCUCACAAAUCCCAUCUCAAUUCAUAGACGUAGUCACAGAAAUACAGGGCUUUAGUGACCAGAUGAAAGAUGACUAUCUCACCAGACGCUUCAGCAAUGCAGAGCUAGCAGCGAAUAUUGUGGCACAUUAUAAGCGCCUACCGACACUCAGCAUGCUCGCUCGCCAGCCCUUUGUGUGCUGGAUGGUCGCCACAGUGUUCGAGCGCUGCUUCCAUUAUCAGGGCUAUGGGGUUCACCCCCCCAGGCUCACACCGUUCUAUGUCAACAUUUUGAUUGUCCAGACCAAUCGCAAGCUGCAGUUCUACUGUGGAAAGGCUGAAAAUGACCUGAAAUGGUCCAGUGAUGAAAAGCGCCUGCUGAAAAACAUGGGGAAGAUGGCCUUUAAGAUGCUGGAGAGGAAUACCAGUGUGUUCUCUGAAGAGGACGUGAAGGAGUAUAACCUGAAGUUGACGGAGGUGACGGUGUUGUCUGGCCUGUGCACUGAGCUUCCCGCUGCAGCCCCAGGUGGGAGGAGGACGUUCUGCUUUAUACACUUCACCUUUCAGGAGUUUAUGGCUGCUUUGUACGUCUUCACAAUGCUCCGCACAGAGUCUAAGAACGUUCUGGACUCAGGCUUGGUGCACAUGCCCAAGAUCUUCAAAUCCAAGUAUCAGACCAAAUCAGCAGCAGGCCUGGUCCAGUGUGCCUUGGUGCGAACCUUCAGCUCCCUGCUGGGCGACUACGACAUGUUCCUGCGCUUUCUGUGUGGCUUGCUUUCCCUGGACUGCCACGACAAUCAGCUGAGCGGGUACCUGUACCCCCACAACACUCCCAAGGUGUGUGGACUGGGUGAGACGAAGCGGCUGCUGGAGGAGAUGAUACUAACUGCUCCAGAGGAUAGGUUGGAAAACUUGAAGGAGUGCCUUAGAGAGAUGACCCAGGAAGAUGAGUGAGUUGAGGUAAGACUGCGUCAUGAAAAUCAGUCUCACCGUAUAUGGAUAUGAUGGAUAAAAGAGAAGCACCGCCUGCUCUGGUAUAGUGGUCUUCAAAGUGAACUCAAAGUGACUUGUUGAAGUCUGUCAAUAUGGCUUUGAUAACAUUAAGUUUCAAACAUUAGAUCUUGUUUGUUCUCAUUAUGACGUCAAAGAGUCUGUGUCAAUAAUGUUGCUGCUGCACCAGAUUAAAUAAAAUGUUACGCAAUGUGUCCCAAUGCAGUGGAGUUUUAUGAGUCAUUAAUGUGUCACAUGACACAUCAUUUAUUUGUCAUGUGCACUAAUGAAAACAAAUUGUCACAAUGUAUUUUACGUCGCCCAGUUGUCUUUUUUAUUAGACUUUUUAUCGUAUUGUUAUUUUACAUAUAUGUGUGGCCUUUUCUCCUCAACUAAAUACACUGAAGUGACAAAAAAAGGAAACUGAUAGCGACGUGAUUUGUGACGUGUAAACUGAAAAGCAAGAAUCACAAGAUGGGAUAAGGUUUACAGGAAACUGGCUUUGUUGAUUGAUAGAAAACCUCAUGUUAUAUUGCAGUUUGAAACAGAUGUGCCCAAGUGUAUAC